GGUUGCGGCCCCGGUGCCACCGCGGGUUCCUCCAUCGUCCCCACCUCCUGCCCCGGAGUUGCCGGCCUGUCUCCACCCCUCUCUCCAGCCCGCCGCCUGCCUGCAGGUGAAGCAGCCAAGGCCGCUGAGUAGGUGCGUGGGGAUGAUCUCACCCGCGCGCUCCGCGCCAGGAGGAGGAGGAGCGGGAGCUAAUCCAACUUCCGGGUAGUGAAGCCGCAAGCCACCGGCAUCUUGCUUUUCUUCCCCCCUCCCUCUGCACCCCUCGCCUCUCCCUCCUUUCCUUUAAUUCCCGGCCCCACCUGCCAAAAUGAACAGCUCGGAUGAGGAGAAGCAGCUGCAGCUCAUCUCCAGUCUGAAGGAGCAAGCGAUAGGCGAAUAUGAAGACCUUAGAGCAGAGAACCAGAAGACAAAGGAGACGUGUGACAAAAUUAGGCAAGAACGAGAUGAAGCUGUUAAAAAACUGGAGGAAUUUCAGAAAAUUUCUCACAUGGUUAUAGAGGAAGUGAAUUUUAUGCAGAACCAUCUUGAAAUAGAGAAGACUUGUCGAGAAAGUGCUGAAGCUUUGGCAACAAAGCUAAAUAAAGAAAAUAAAACAUUGAAAAGAAUCAGCAUGUUAUACAUGGCCAAGCUGGGACCAGAUGUCAUCACUGAAGAGAUCAACAUUGAUGAGGACGAUUCAGCCAUGGACCCGGCGGGUGCGGCCGAGACGUGUGUCUCCGUACAGUGUCAGAAGCAAAUCAAAGAACUUCGAGAUCAAAUUGUAUCUGUUCAGGAGGAAAAGAAGAUAUUAGCCAUUGAACUGGAAAAUCUCAAGAGCAAACUUGUAGAAGUAAUGGAAGAAGUAAAUAAAGUAAAACAAGAAAAAGAUAUUUUAAAUUCAGAAGUUCUGGAACAGAGAAAAGUCUUAGAAAAAUGCAAUAGAGUGUCCAUGCUAGCAGUAGAAGAGUAUGAAGAAAUGCAGGUGAACUUGGAACUGGAAAAGGACCUUCGAAAGAAAGCAGAGUCAUUUGCACAAGAGAUGUUUAUUGAACAAAACAAGCUAAAGAGACAAAGCCACCUUCUACUGCAGAGUUCUGCUCCUGACCAGCAGCUUUUAAAAGCUUUAGAUGAAAAUGCAAAACUCAUCCAGCUCCUUGAAGAAGAGAGAAUUCAGCAUCAACAGAAGGUCAAGGAAUUAGAAGAGCAGCUACAAAAUGAAACUCUCCACAAAGAGAUACACAGCCUCAAACAGCAGCUGGAGCUUCUAGAAGAGGAUAAAAAAGAAUUGGAAUUAAAAUAUCAGAAUUCUGAGGAGAAAGCUAGAAAUUUAAAGCAUUCCGUUGAUGAACUCCAGAAACGAGUGAACCAGUCUGAGAAUUCAGUACCUCCACCACCUCCUCCUCCACCACCACUUCCCCCUCCUCCCCCCAAUCCUAUCCGAUCCCUCAUGUCCAUGAUCCGGAAGCGAUCCCACCCCAGCGGCAGUGGUGCUAAGAAAGAAAAGGCAGCUCAACCAGAAACAGCUGAAGAAGUCACAGAUCUCAAGAGGCAAGCUGUUGAAGAGAUGAUGGACAGAAUUAAAAAGGGAGUUCAUCUCAGACCAGUAAAUCAGACAGCUAGACCGAAGGCAAAGCCAGAAUCUUCAAAAGGCUCUGAGAGUGCAGUGAAUGAACUGAAAGGAAUACUGGGGACACUUAACAAAUCCACUAGUUCAAGAAGCUUAAAAUCCCUUCACAUUGAAAACACUGAAACUGAGUUAGAAAGGAUUUUGCGUCGCAGAAAGUUGACAGCAGAAGCAGAUAGCAGUAGUCCAACUGGAAUAUUAGCCACCUCAGAGUCCAAAUCCAUGCCAGUGUUGGGUUCUGUAUCCAGUGUAACAAAAACAGCCUUGAACAAGAAAACUCUGGAGGCAGAAUUCAACAGUCCGUCCCCCCCAACACCUGAGCCAGGUGAAGGGUCGUGUAAAUUGGAAGGAUGCACAAGUUCCAAGGUUACCUUUGAUGUGAAACUAAUGUAGAAAAAUGAGAUUGAAAAGUAUUGCUCUUUUGAAUUGAAGCUGGAGAAUCUAAGCUUUUGAGAUAUGUUACCAAAUAGAAAUUGAGAUUUGCAGCUUACAUUUAGGGAAACUUGGCAUAAAAUUAUUGUCUCACAUAUUGAUCUCAGCUGGAAAUUAAUUUGGUUGGUCAUAUACUAUUCUUCUAGACAGAUCUGGGUCAACAUUUUGUUCAAAGGGGAAUGAGAGAAGUUCUUUUAGUCCUUGUGGUGGAAAGAGUGAGUUUUCUUCCUGCUGCUCCCAUCUCUACCAUUUUCUCCCUCCUCCUCUCCUCUCUCCCUUUUUGUGUGUGUGUGGCGGGGGAGGUGUUUGCAUGCAUAGUAUAGAGGAGAGGAAGGAGGGCACCUUCCAUGUACUUCGUAAACAUUUAUUUCUGAGAAGAGACUACUAGACAGCAGAAUGAACUCCAUGGAAGUUUCUGCUUAAUCUGAUGCUCUUAUACAAUUAAAGGAUUUUCUCAGCUCUCAACUGUAAUCUUAGUACCGCUGAAUUGUGUACUGACACUGCAGGAAACAGCUCUGCUCAGCAAAGCACCACUACAAAGGUUCUCUAUGUGUGCCUGUACAUGGACAAUUAAGUUUUAACAACAAAAUUAGGAGAACAACUGGAUGUUCUGGAAGUUGAGAUCUCCUCACUGAGUCUCUUUUCUCCCGUCCCUCUGAGGUUUUCCUGUGAGCUGCUCCGUGGAUCCGCCUGUCAGCUUUGUCUUACAGGUGUUUUGAGUAGCUCUACAGACAGGAACUUCUUCCAGAUUAAUUGUUGAGGCAGUAUUAUACCUAGUGUUAAAACUCUGUUGAAUAAGUCUCAAAAGAACUGUUAAAAUGCUGCUAAGUAAUUCUCAAUUCUCUCAGAGAAUUAAUUGCCUUCUACCAUGUGCCUCCAGUUGCAAACACCUAUGACUUUAAGAGAGUGAUCAUAAAAUACGUCAUUUCUGCCUGGAGAACCAAAUUGCUUUUGGUGCUUUGUAAUUUUUUAAAAACAUCUUUCAAUAGUCUCUACAGUAUUUGUGUUUCUUUCAUUUUUGUAUAGUGAAGUAGUGAAAAGUUUUUAAAUUUAUUCAAAUAGAAGUGGCUGAUUAAAACUUAAAUGCAGUUUCCAGUCUGAGGAUAAAUUGACCUCUUGAAACUUAAUAAAUGCUUUUCUCUGAAAUACAUUUUGUCAUAUAACUGUAUGAAAAGAAGCACACUGAAUUAAAAGUUUAAAGUACAUAAUAUAGUAAAUUUAAGGAAAAAUCUUUCAAAAUUUAAAAAUAUUGUUCUGAAAAUUAGGAAGGAAAAUGCAAACAUUUUGUGCAUGGCAGCUUUCCUGAGGAGCCAGCAUUAUAUAUGGUGAAUUUUUUGGAAGAUUUUAUGUCUCUUAAAAUACCUCUUUUAAAUAACACAUUUCCUAGCUGAGAUAGCAGUGGAUUUUCCAUGGUGACUUAAAGUUGUACAAAAUUACAAAAGGCUUUAAAAUGGCCCCAAAACUGUAUCAUACACAUUUCAGAAUCUUUGCCUGAACUAAAGUCAAUCUUAGCUCAUGCUUUAUCAUUGAUUUUGCUGGUGAGAACAGUUCAGUUUCCUCAGCCUCCCUGGGCCAGUGUAUUUUGGAGUCUGUAAAUGUGCACAGUCCAGCUUACACUAGAGGAAUAAAAGAACUGGGACAAGGCUUCACAGCAUGUACUGUGGUCUGGGAUGUAACCCAUGCACUGAGAUGCCUGUGCUGCAGUUACCCCACCAAAGAAAAUACGGCUCAGUGUGGACACGGAGGUCUUUGCGCAGCCAUUGUUACCUCUCUUAAAAAGGAAUUCUUGUGAAUCUUGAUAGCACAUCAGCCUCUAGAAGCUGAUGUCAGAUUUUCAACCAUGACAGCAUUCUGUUUUUUUAAUGAUGUUAUUUUUCAAAAUUUAAAAUUCUAUGUUUUUCCUUCAAAUAGAACCUGACCCAAAUUGGCAAGCUAAUUUGUUCUUUGCGCUAAAAAGGAGUUUUGUUUUGUUUUGUUUUUAAACCCUUCUAAAUGUACACCUUUACUAACAAAUUGAUUUACCUCACCAUAACUAAAAAGACAUUUUAAUAUUUUAGGAUGUAUGAGAAUUCAGAGAAUUGAUUAUUUUAACUUUUGGUUAACAUGAAUAUCUUAAUUUCCCUAGUGAAUAAAAAAGGAAAAUGAAAGUUUUGUAUUUUAAUAUGACAUCAGUAACAUGUCUGUUUUAAUACAGUGUAAUAUACUGUCCAGUAAGCAUUAUCUAUAAAGUGGAGUUUAUAAAAGUACACAAAGCCAAAAGAAAUCAGCUUUGUCCUUCCAUCAUUAUAUUUAACCGUAUUAGAAUUAGUAAUAAUACAGGAAGUUUCACCUUAUGUUUGAAACUUUAUUUCGGGGAAAUUUUGGACACGUUUGUUAAAAUAUCCUGAAAACAGGGUGUUCGAGGGAGACAAUAAAAAUUACCUCUGCUGUAA